AUGGCAAUACAUUACAUUUCCAUUGUUGUUUUGAUUGCUGUCCUUGUUGCAAGUUCUACUGCAGCCUCAGAAACAAUAUUAUCAGAUGUUAAUCUUUUAGAAUUUCCACUUAAUUUAGAAUAUUUGGAAGCUGAAUUCUUUUUAUAUGGAUCAACUGGUCAUGGUUUGGAUAAAAUUUCUCCCGAGUUAGCUGACGGUGGACCAACUCCUAUUGGUGCCAAGUUGGCUAAAUUCAAUGACAUUGUGAUUAGAGAUAUCAUCUAUCAAUUUGCUCUGCAAGAAGUUGGGCAUUUGAGGGCCAUAAAGAAUACAGUGAUAGGGUUCCCUAGACCUUUGUUAGAUUUAAGUCAGUCUUCAUUUUCCAAGGUGAUUGACAAAGCCUUUGGACGACCUCUGCGCCCUUCUUUUGAUCCAUAUGCAAAUGAUAUCAACUAUUUAAUCGCAUCUUAUUUGAUUCCUUAUGUUGGCCUUACCGGAUAUGUUGGAGCAAAUCCACUCCUCCAAAAUGCUUCUUCCAGACAGCUAGUAGCAGGUCUUCUAGGAGUAGAGUCGGGUCAAGAUGCGGUUAUAAGAGGAUUGUUAUACGAACGUCGUGCAUGGAAGGUGAACCCUUAUGGAGUAACCGUAGGAGAGUUCACUGACCGCAUUUCGAAGCUUAGGAAUCAAUUAGGAAAUGAAGGUGUGAAAGAUGAGGGCCUUGAUGAAACAUUCUCAUCUGGAAGCAUUCUUGCUGGUGACAAAUAUUCACUAGCAUAUUCAAGGACUCCAAAAGAAAUAUUGAGGAUUGUGUAUGGAAGUGGUAAUGAAACUGUCCCCGGAGGCUUUUACCCUAAAGGAGGAAAUGGUCAUAUAGCAAGAUCUUACUUGAAAUAA